AUGAGUGCCCGGGCGCCGAAGGAGCUGAGGCUGGCGCUGCCGCCUUGUCUCCUCAACCGGACCUUUGCUUCCCCCAACGCCAGUGGCACUGGCAACGCUGGAGCGCGUGGCCCUGGCGCAGGUGGUGGCGGGGGCACCUGCAUCACGCAGGUGGGACAGCAGCUCUUCCAGUCCUUUUCCUCCACGCUGGUGCUGAUUGUCCUGGUCACCCUCAUCUUCUGCCUCAUCGUGCUGUCCCUCUCCACUUUCCACAUCCACAAGCGCAGGAUGAAGAAGCGGAAGAUGCAGAGGGCCCAGGAGGAAUACGAGCGGGAUCACUGCAGUGGUAGCCGCAGCAGCGGGGGGCUACCCAGGCCAGGUGGGCAGGCCCCAACCCAUGCGAGAGAAACCCGGCUGGAGAGGCAGCCCCAGGACUCUGCCUUCUGUGCCCCCUCCAACACCACUUCCUCCUCCUCCUCUUCAUCCCCUGGCCUCCCGUGCAAUGGCCCCAGUACUUCAGCGCCUCCACCGCCAGUCCCCAGUCCACAAGGAGCACACGCAGCCUCCUCCUGUUUGGACCCAGCUGGCGAGGGCCUUUUGCAAACGGUUGUACUGUCCUGA